AUGGCUUUCCAGCUAAUUGCACAUCCGAUCUAUGCCAUAAUGGCGGUACAUGCAUACCAUUUCAAAACGGUACUGAAGACAUCUGCCAUUGCGCCCCUGGAUUCACUGGUGCUAAGUGUCAAUAUGGUGAGUUUUACUUAUUCUCACUUAAAUCCUUCAAAAACAAUAAAUAUUCCACUUCUAGACAUCAAUGAGUGCAUUGUGGAUAAUGGAGGUUGUCAUCACGACUGUGUGAACACUAUAGGAACUUUCUAUUGUCGAUGUUGGGCCGGUUUUGAAUUAGAAGAGAAUGGGAAAACCUGUAAAGGUGAACCUUUCAUUGAUUUUUUCAAGAUUGACGAUAGUCUAUUAGAUUGA